UAUCUUCGCUAACGUUUAACUUGCGCGGUCACCUCUGCACCGGAAGUGAUAGUGGAGCUGUGUGGAAGCUAGCUUUCACAAGUGGAAUGUCGCUUGCUAAAUUGUGCUCUCCGUAUGUGUGCAACUAGUAACACUUCUAACGUUUUUGAUAUCAUACAUGCAGUCACCGUCUGUCCUUUUAUAGACACGUGAUCAAUGACGGCUUUGGUUAGCCAUGGCUGUGGUGUCAUGGAAGGAGAUUUUACUUUUGACUGGACUGGUGGUGGGAUGUUACUGGAACAGUCUGUCGUGUGGCUUUGUGUUUGAUGAUGUCUCAGCAAUCCUUGACAACAAGGACCUACGGCCAGCAACCCCUAUCCGCAACCUAUUCCUCAAUGACUUCUGGGGAACUCCCAUGGCUGAGGAGCGGAGCCAUAAAUCCUACCGACCCUUGACCGUACUUACGUUUCGACUGAAUUACCUCUUCAGUGAGCUGACCGCAGCUUCCUACCAUCUGCUCAAUGUGGUUUUACACGGCGUAGUAUGUGUGCUUUUCCUGCGAGUGUGCCGAUUGUUCCUGGACAACACUUCCAGCUUGGUGGCAGCGUUGCUGUUUGCUGUGCACCCCAUCCACACUGAAGCUGUCACAGGUGUGGUCGGCAGAGCUGAGCUUCUUUCCUCAAUCUUUCUCCUGGCUGCUUUCCUGGCCUACACCAGAUCAACAGGGACAGACCACUCUAUUGUUUGGGCUCCCAUCGCUCUGACUGUUGUUCUAGUGGCUGCAGCAACACUUUGUAAGGAGCAGGGAAUCACUGUUGUCGGCAUCUGCUGUGUCUAUGAAGUGUUUGUGGCACAAGGGUUUACCUUGCCCAUGCUGUUGGACACACUGCGGCAAGUCUUGCAGGGUAAAGACGGGUUCCCCUACGCUGUCCUGCAAACUCUGCUGAAGCUCAUUGUCCUCAUCAUCAGCACCCUGCUGCUCGUCAUCAUCAGGGUCCAAGUCAUCCAGUCCCAGCUUCCUGUCUUCACCAGAUUUGAUAACCCGGCAGCAGUCAGCCCCACUCCCACAAGACAAGUGACUUUCAACUACCUACUUCCUGUGAACGCAUGGCUUCUGCUCAAUCCCUCUGAACUCUGCUGCGACUGGACUAUGGGCACCAUUCCUCUGGUGGAGUCACUCCUAGACCUCCGUAACCUGGCCACCCUGGUGUUCUACACUUUUCUGGGCCUGCUAGCUUACCACAGCCUGCGCUACAGACACAGCUCUGCCAAGACUGUCAUCAUGGCGCUGUCCUUUAUUGUCCUGCCUUUCAUCCCUGCGUCCAACCUCUUCUUCCCCGUGGGCUUCGUUGUGGCGGAGCGGGUACUUUAUGUGCCCAGUAUGGGCUUUUGUGUCCUUGUUGCACAUGGAUUCAAGAUUGUCUCGCAUAAAGGACACUUGAAGAAGUUUUCCUGGUUGGUAAUUGGAGUGCUUUUAACUACACAUGCAGUGAAAACCUUCAACAGGAAUUGGGACUGGGAGUCAGAAUACACUCUCUUCACCUCUGCCCUGAAGGUCAACAAGAACAAUGCCAAGUUGUGGAAUAACGUUGGCCACGCUCUAGAGAACCAAAACCAUUAUGUGAAGGCACUGCAGUAUUUCCUCCAGGCCACUCGCGUCCAGCCAGAUGACAUUGGCGCUCACAUGAAUGUUGGAAGAACCUACAAGAACUUGAACAACUCCAAAGAGGCAGAAAUUGCCUACUUGGUUGCCAAAUCCCUCAUGCCACAGGUUAUUCCGGGUAAGAAGUAUGCAACACGCGUGGCCCCUAACCAUCUGAACGUCUACAUAAACCUGGCCAAUCUGAUCCGGGCCAACGAAUCGAGGCUGGAGGAGGCCGACCAGCUCUACCGCCAAGCAAUCAGCAUGAGACCAGACUUCAAACAAGCCUACAUCAGCAGAGGGGAGCUGCUUCUGAAGAUGAACAAGCUCACAGAAGCCCGGGACGCCUACCUCCGAGCGUUGGAGCUUGACCGCGCCAACGCUGACCUGUGGUACAACCUGGCCAUCGUCAACAUAGAGAUGAAGGACCCAUCAGAAGCCCUGAAGAACUUCAACCACGCCCUGGAGCUAAACCCACGGCACAAGCUGGCCCUCUUCAACUCAGCACUUCUCAUGCAGGAAUCUGGGGAUCCAAAGUUCUGGCCCGAGGCUAACCGUCGUUUCCUGACCUACGUGGAAGAGGAGCCCGAAGAUGCCAAUGGUUACUUCAACCUCGGCAUGCUGGCCAUGGAUGCCAAUGAAAAUGCAGCAGCUGAGCGGUGGAUGCGUAAAGCCAUUGGUCUGCAGGCCGGCUUCCGCAGCGCCCUGUUCAACCUGGCGUUGCUUUACUCUCAGUCCAAACGUGAGAUGGAUGCUUUGCCCGCGUUGGACGAGCUGCUGCGUCACCACCCAGAGCACAUCAAGGGCCUAAUCCUGAAGGGUGACAUCCUCAUGAACCACAAGAAGGACACAGAUGGAGCUAAAGCCUGCUUUGAGCAAAUCUUGCACAUGGACCCAACCAACGUCCAAGGCAAGCACAACUUGUGUGUGGUCUACUUUGAGGAGCGCGACCUGCCGCGUGCGGAGCGCUGCCUGGAGGAAACGCUGGCCCUGGCGCCAAACGAGGAGUAUGUGCGUCGUCACUUGAGUAUUGUACGAAAUAAGAUGGCUGCUAUGAGCGCGGCGGGGCAACCGCUUACUUCAGCAGGGGGAGCCACCGUAUCGGCUAAAGAGGAAAAGCCGAAGGGAGUUAAGGAUGGGGGGGAGGAAGUGGCUAAGGGUGAGAAGGAAGGGAAAGGUGCUGAUAUUGUUGGAAAGGGGGCUGGGGAUGAGAAGAAUGGGAGGAAAUCCUCCGCAGAAAGCCUCGGAGGUGUAGGCGUGGACCAAUCAGAGUCUUUGGACAGUAGCCAGUCUGACAAGCGGACUAAGGGUAAGUCCACUAAAGAGAUUAAAGAUAUAGAAACAAAAAGAGCAGCUGCCUUGAAGAGACUAGAGGAGAUUGAGCGCAUAUUAAGUGGUGAUUGACAUGGUUGUAAUUUAUAGCUGGACUACUUUUUAUAGAGCUUUUUAAUGCUCCGGGAUAAGACUGCAUCUCCUCCCUUAGAAGCGUGUACUCAUAUUGUCAAUAUUUGUCAUUUUCUUCCUUUUGAUUUACUCGCUUGCUUGCAGGCUACUCAGCAUGUUGAUUUAACACUAAUCAUGUAAAGAAGGGAAAUGUUGAUCUGCACAAAUAACUCCUGUCACAAUAAGCACAAGGCCUAUUUGGGAUAUUCUAUUUAAAACGAUGGCAGAUGUAGAUGCUUCAUCUGAAUGCGACGUCACAUGUCGUAGAUCAGCCGCAGUUAUAAAUAUUAGUUGUUUUUUUAUGUGUAUGCAUUGUUUAUCACUGGAAUUCUUUUUCACUAAGAUGUGACUCACUCCUGUGCGUUAUUGUUUUUAAAAACAGAAUGAUUGUAUCAUGGACAAUUAAAGGAAAUGACGUGCUCACAGAUUUCCUCAAGGCAGGAUGAUCUCUGCAGAGUUUGCGGCUCAAAAUAGAGAGUGAAGUAACCCUCCGCACUACCGACAACGCCACGCUUAUGUUCCACCGCAGCAGCAACGUCUUCUCGUUUCUAUUGAUCCCACUCGGCACUUCCUGCCACUGCAUCACAGCUGCCUUCACAUCCAAAUGUAAUGGUGAUCACAUUUAACGACUAUUAUCUCACUCCCUUUGUCACAACACCCCCCCCCCCUCCUCACAUCUCCACAACUGUCUGCCACACUUUACACACAACAGCCACAUUAAGAAAAGCAGGAACACAUUCAUCUUUAGUCUACCCCGAACACAUCAGUUUGGCAAAGGCAGCACAGAUUUUCUGCGACGGUCAUAAGGCUUCAUCAUGUGUUCUUCGUUUCCAAGUUCCUUCCACUUUACUGGCGUAGUUUUCACAGCACAUUUGCAGAAGACAGAUCUCCACAUUCAUCCUGCGCCACAGCGUUGAUGUUAUUUUUAGCUUACUGGCAAUAAAAUAACAUUGGGAGGUUUUAUAAUAGACUUUUUAUUCACUUCUGUCAGGAUUUUGAAGAGGGGAGAUUCUUGUCUUCUAAAAAUUGAAGACAGGGAGUACCUAGAUGUUGGUACUGAUGAACAAUGUGUCCCACAGAAUUGGAUUAUAUUUGUGGCGAGAGGCCCGGGGCUCUGCUCACAAUGUAGUUACAUAGUGGAGGCUUUGGCCUAUUUCUACUGUAAUAAAGUUUUAGCAGUAAAACAUGAUUUUAGUAAAAACAAGUGCAUUCUCUGCAUGGGAAUGAACCUUGUGUGUGCGAAAUGUGAAGCCUGUCAGUCGAGCGAGCGGUGCACGUCGGGGUCACCGCUUGUCCCGCCGUGAGCACAGCCCGGGCAGCUGACAUCGAGCCCCGAACUCCAUGAUCUUAUGCACACGUCACUCUGCUUUAAAGCCAUAAACUGCCACACCUUUAUUAGCUCACAGCAGACUGAAGAUCUUAAAGUUAACACCCCUACGUACGGAAUCGAGAACUGACUUUGAAUCGAGAAUCCUCUUGAAUCUAGACCCCGAGAAUGAAAAUCUAAAUUAAAUCGUGAGAUACCAAAAUAUUCCCCCCCCCACACACACACACACUCUGCAUCUCUCUGUAGUCACUACGUCAUAUAAGACUCAAACACAAGUUAAAACCUGAAGAGAAAUGAGAAAGGCUUUAAUCUCUCCCGCUCUUGUUUCCUCAGGACCUUUAUAAAACCCAAACAACUCUCUCAACUCCCAAUAACUGACUUUAAAGAAACACUUUGGAUACCCCACAAGAGGUUAACGGCGUAGGAGCCUCGAUAUGAACUCGAGUCAAGUCUGCUCACGACUUGUAGCUGUGAGGAAGGUCAACAAUGUUUGAUUAAUGACGCUCGGUACAAAGCAAAGGAAGUGAAAGCUAUUCUUCCUUUGCAAGCUGAUGUUAACGUCUUCACGGUUCCCAUGACGGUAAUGUUUUUGCUUCACGCUGCCAUCAUUUGUUACAGUACGAUGACCCGAUGCUCGGUGCAAUAGAAGACGGUUCGCUGUAAGUUAGUACCGUGGUGGUACUAAGGAGCCUCGCUAUGCAUUGACCCUGUUCAGCCCUGAAAUUCUAUGUACAUAUAUUUACCGUGUACUUGUAUCCAGUGUUAUUUAUUAUGUUUAUAUGCACCCCAAAUGCUGUUUUGUUUACAGCUUAUACAGUUUGCUUUGAAGUUCAUGGUGCAUUACUUUGUCUGUUCAGUUUCAGUAUGUGUACCGUCACUUGUGAAACAUGUCAUAAAUGUUUUCCACUUUUUAAACAGAGCCACGUCAGUGUUAAACAUGUGUGACAUAUGCAAUCAACUGUCUGACCCCAACACACGUAGGUACAGCUUUGAAUGAGGACACAUCCAGUUUGCAGCAUUUUCUGUUCAGAGUGGCUGAUUUUUGUACAAUUUAAGGUUUCUUUUUAUGCAAUAACCCUUGUUGGUGGUGGUGGUGGUGCUGGUGGGGGGGGUCUCGGUUAUUAAAUAAAGUGAGAUGACAAUUCAUUGUUCUGCUGUCUGUUUGCGGUGAAGCCUGCAGGGUUCCUGCUGGUCUGCUACAGAAGUGUAUGUAGUGAGGGAGAGACGUGCACCAUGGACACGUUGCAUCUGCAGAAUGUCAACCCCAG